GUUGCCAGGAACUAAAUUGGAAGAAUAUGGCGUAUACAUUAAUCCCCCUUUCUAAAUUAAAUACAUCGUUUUGAUUGGUGGAAUUCUAGAACGGAAUUUUUCCAACCAAUCACAGACUGUUGUGUUCUUUCCUAUUAAAGGCGAGUCUCGAGUAGUAAUACUAAAUUGAGCGGGAAAUCUAAAGUGAUCUUAAAAUUUUUGACAUUUUCGACUGUUGUAAUGUCAUAUUUGGGUUCAUGAUAAGUACUUUAUUUUUAUUGCAGAAAAUGUGCCAAUUUAUUGCAUAUUUCGUCGAUUUUCUUGAAGAUAGGAUGGCGGGAGAAAAUAUUGUCAGGAGGAGGCAGGUAGAAUCCUAUUCCUGUUUCAAGGAGGCAGCUGGUAGGAGCUGUAAGGAGCCAGGAUUGGUUCUAAACCACCAACCAUUUAUACUCAACCGUAGUUGUAGUUAUAUGAGGGGAAACGAGUAGAAUCAAAAUGGGUGACAACUUAACCCUGAAAUGGAACGAGCACUCAACUUCCAUCUUGUCAGCGGCAGCUAAUCUCUUCAGUACAAGUGGGCUGACAGAUGUAGUUAUUGGAACAGCUGACAGGACGUUCCGAGCUCACCGUCUUGUUCUGUCUAUCUGCUCAACGUUCUUUGCAGGAUUAUUUGACCGCAGCGGAGCACUGUCCGGUCAGCUUCAUCCUUAUAUAUAUAUGCAGGAUAUUCCAUCAAAACAUAUAGACGUCCUACUCAGAGUUUGGGAAUAAAAGGACUGUGCGAGGUUAACGAACCAACUACUCCGGCCAAGAAGAAGCAGAAGAAGAAUAGUUCCGUUCAUGAACACCCUGUCAAUAGUUCCGAUCAUGUGAAGGAGGUUGAACCUGAAGAGAUGAUUGAGGUUGAACCCAACCUCGAGACAAAUAGUUUAGUUGAACUUUAUGAUGAUGAAGGACUGGAUGAGGAAGGAGAAGGGGGAGGAGGAGGAGAUAUCUGCCCAGAGGACUGGUAUGGACCUGACGGACUAGCAGAGGACGGUAUGGCAGGACUGGGAGGACUGGCUUGUCCCUAUUGUCCGAAAACUUUUGCGUCCAAUUGGCAUCUAAAGCGUCAUGUACUGACGCAUACGAAGGAAAGUAGAUUUAAAUGUGAUGUUUGUGGAAAGGAUUUUAGCAGAAACGAUAAUUUAAAAUCUCACUUAAAAAGCAUUCAUGGAAUAAUUGUACCCUCAAAGCCUAAACCUUCUUCAACCGUAAGUUGAAAAUUGUAUAAUAUCAUUAUGGAGCAUAGGAAAUUCUAUUUAUACCAGUGCGCUUAGCCACGAGAUUUUGGCUUCCUGGAUCCGCAAAAAUAUACGGAUCCGGAUCCAAGGGGCAAAAUAUCAACAAAAAACUGCAAAA